CAGGUAUUAAUUGCCGCCCCUAUCAUUAUAUGCCAAUUAUUUGCGUGGGAGAUCGCGAGAGAAGGACGACAAGCUCCAUCGAUCCAUAUGGGGAACUGCCAGGCGGCGGAGGCAGCGACGUUGGUGAUCCAUCACCAGGACGGCAGGCUGGAGAAGGGCUACCACUCCCUCCCCGCCACCCAAGUCAUGGCCGCCAACCCCGGCCACUACGUUGCUGUCGUCAUCACCACCCCCCGUCCUCGCUCCUCCGACCCCCGCAGCUCGCCGACGAGGUACCUUAAGCUGCUCCGGCCGGACGACGCCCUCCUCAUCGGCCAUGUCUACCGCCUCGUUACCUUCGAAGAGGUGUUGAGGGAGUUCGCAUCAAAGAAACAAGUCAGGCUGAGCCGGCUGCUCGUCAAACGCAAGGAGAUAAGAUCCAGGCCCAGGAAAGGUAGCGGAGCCGAGCACUAUGACAACGGUGGUCGUGUGGCGGAGGCAGAGAAUUCACCGGCGGCGAUGUCUCGGGAAGAGACUGACCAAGUGGAGGCGCAGCUGGACACGGAGUUGGAGGAAGCCGUCCGUGGCAUGAUGAGCACCGGAGCGAGGGCUGCUGGUGCACGACACAGGCAGUGGAAGCCAGCGCUGCAUAGCAUCGCCGAGGUCGCAACAAUUUCAAGUGGUGCAGUGCAACAUGAGAGAACAGAAUAAUACCAUGAGAUCACCUGUUUUUGUUCGGUUCUGCAAACUUUGUGGUGGAUGAAACAAGAAUUCCUCAUGCAAAAGUGCUCUUUUGUGUUUG